UUCCCAAGGCAAGCAAAGGCUUGUGGCACCUCAUAGAAUGGGGUCUGGGUUCAUGAAUUAGGGCCCUCAGGUGCUAUAGUAAAUAAUGUUUUCACCCCUCAGCUCACACUAUGCCGUAAAUUAUUAGUCCUAACGAGGACUUGGCUAUGGCAAAUUUCACACUUCAGCUGUUGCUGUCGUUCUGUGUCUGCAUUUACAAAAACAAAUUUACAAAGACAUUGAAAGUGGGUUUUUUCCCCUUCACUCACGGACAACCCUGAAACAGAUCAUAAAUCCAUUUUUCCCUAUCAAGACUAUCAAAAGGGUAUGCUAUGACUGGUUUCAGACUGCCCGUCAUCGCCUUUAGAAAACUAAAUGUCUGCCUUGGAGUCUGGGAGAAAUUCCCCUCUAAUAAACUCUGCGUGUCCUGGAGGAGAUGUAUAUACUCUAGCCACCAAUCCAGUAUAAUAAACUACAGAAAACACUUCAGCAUUUCUCCUGUGAAACAUGAUGUAUUUUUAAGACCGCCUUCACAAUGUAUUUCAGUGCCUUGUGUACGACUUAAAAGUGACAAAAGUUCUAGAAAGAAAAAACAAACCCUGCAAGAGGAGGAGGAGGAGGAGGAGGAUGAAGAAAAGAGAAGUGAUUCAGAAGAUGAAUUUGAAAAUGACCCCAAUAUAGUGAAAGAUUACAAGGAUCUUGACAAAGUAGUCCAGUCUUUUCGUUAUGAUAUAAUAAUAAAAUCUGGUCUAGAUAUUGCAAGAAACAAAGUGGAAGAUGCAUUCUAUAAUGGUGAACUCCGGCUGAAUGGAGAAAAAUUGUGGAAGAAAAGCAGAACUGUGAAAGUUGGUGACACACUGGAUCUCAUAGUAGGGCAGGAUAAAGAAACAGAAACUGCUGUAGUUAUGCGAGUUGUCUUAAAAAAAGCAUCAGAAAAGACUGAAAGUGAAAAAUACAAAGUGGUUUUGCGGCGCUGGAAAAAUUUAAAAGUGCCCAAGCAGGAUGUAUUUAAGUGACAAGGAUUUGCAUAUGGCAGCAUGAGACUUCUUGUGGAAAACCAUUUCAUUUGUUGCUAAAUAUGAAUUUUGAUUAAAUAAAAUUCUUGCACCC